GUGCCCGCCCAGGUGCCAGCGGGAGUCAGAAGGCAGGCAUGGCCCAGACACCCCACAAGUCCAGCGGCACCCUGAGACCGCGGGACCCCAGGCGGGGAGAGGGGGUGCCGACCUCCGCGGCCCCCGACCUCGCUAUGGCGGGGGAGGCCCGGGCUGGCGGGGAUGCGGCGCUGCGCCGCCUCCUGAGGCUGCACCGCACUGAGAUCGCCGUGGCGGUGGACAGCGCCUUCCCGCUGCUGCACGCGCUGGCCGACCACGACGUGGUCCCCGAGGACAAGUUCCAGGAGACGCUGCGUCUGAAGGAGAAGGAGGGCUGCCCGCAGGCCUUCCACGCACUCCUCUCCUGGCUCCUGACCCGGGAUGCAGCUGCCAUCCUGGACUUCUGGAGAGUUCUCUUCAAGGACUACAACCUGGAGAGAUACGCGCGGCUUCAGCCCGUCCUAGACAGCUUCCCCAAAGAUGUGGACCUCAGCCAGCCCCGGAAGGGGAGGAAGCCCCCUGCCGGCCCCAAGGCCACAGUGCUGCCGCCCAGACCCCCCUCCAAGAGGAAGGCCCCGGAGGAGCCGCGCGCCACCCCGGUGGCAGUGCUGUUGCCGAGGGGCACCUCCAGCCCAGCGGAGCCCUGCAGAGCAAGGGGACCCACAAGCGGGAGACCCACCCCGCUGCUCUCCACCCCUGCGGUCGCCUCGCCCCCUGCAGGCUCCCAAGGGAAGGCCAAGCCCUCCAAGACGCCUGACGGAAACGCAGAGCCGCAGCGCCCCCCACUGGGGAACGGAAUUCAGACCAUGUCUGCUUCGGUCCAGAGAGCCGUGGCUGUGUCAGCUGGCGAUGUCCCAGGAGGCUGCGGGGCAGUGGAGGGCAUCCUCAUCCAGCAGGUGUUUGAGUCAGGUGGCUCCAAGAAGUGCAUCCAGGUCGGUGGGGAGUUUUACACUCCCAGCAAGUUUGAAGACCCUGGUGGGGCAAAGAACAAGACCCGGAGCAGUGGCAGUGGCCUGAAGACCCUGGUCCGAGCCAAGGGAACCCCGGCCUCUGCCCCAAGUGGAGGGGACCCACGGGCAGGUCAGCAGGGCAGGGUCCCAGCCCCUCUUGCCCUCCCCAGCGAGCCCCAGCUCCACCAGAACGACGACGAGUGCGCUGCGUGCCGGGACGGCGGGGAGCUCAUCUGCUGCGACGGCUGCCCCCGGGCCUUCCACCUGGCCUGCCUGUCCCCGCCGCUGCGGCAGGUCCCCAGCGGGACCUGGAGGUGCUCCAGCUGCCUCCAGCGAAGAGUCCGGCGGGACCUGCCCCUGGCUGAGGAGCCCCAGCCCCAGGAGCGACCUGCAGAGGCCCCGGUCCUCCUGGGACUGAGGUUGGCAGGAGAGGAGGAGAGGCGACAGUCCAGGAAGCCACCAACUGGGAUGGACACUGCUGUCCCCUACAAGCACCUACUGGCCCCGCCUUCUGCAGCCCCGUUGCCAGUGCUGGAACCUUCGACCCUGUGCCCCCUACUGUGUGUGGGCCCCGAUGGGCAGCAGGGCCCGGCGCCCGGCGCGCGGUGUGGCGUGUGCGGGGACAGCAAGGAUGCGCUGCGGUGCGCGCACUGCGCGGCUGCCUUCCACUGGCGCUGCCACUUCCCCGCGGGCGACGGCCGGCCUGGGGCCGUCCCGCGCUGCUGGUCCUGCUCCGGAGACCCCGCCCCGACCCCCGAGGAGGGCGCGCCCGCCCCGAGCCCUGCCGGCCUAGCUCCCGGGCCCGCCAAGGUGGGGGACGAUUCUGCUGGUCAGGAGCCAGUUCUGCACAGGGAUGACCUGGAGUCCCUCCUGAGCGAGCACAGUUUCGAUGGCAUCCUGCAGUGGGCCAUUCAGAGCAUGUCCCGCCCGCGGGCCGAGGCAGCUGCCUUCCCCUCCUGACCCAGGACAGCUGCAGCCUUCAGGGAGGCAUGGGAGUGGGUGGGGCGGCACCCACAGAUGUGGCCAUCAGCAGAUGCCAGUGAGCGCCCACUCAUGCUCACAGCAACUCUGCUCGGAGAGGGACCAAGGGGGCCAUGGCUCCCUGCCCACCCUGCUGCCCUGGGAAGCUGGCCAGUCUGGGACCAGGAAGAACUGGAAAGUUCCAAAUGCUGUCAGUACUCGGCUUAUAGACACAGUCCUGCCCUUGCAGUGAUACAAGGCCAUCAUGUGCACUAAAAUUAAAAUCACUUAUUUGUGGUCUUUGA